UCCCAUUUCACAUCUGACAGCUUUAUGACUGGUAGGAUCACUGAGCUGAACAACUGCUGCUGAUCAAUCAGACAAAUUCAGAAUCACUGUUGAAUCAAGAUCAAGAACCGACAAGUUAACCUGCUGCAAAUCAGUGAGUAAAGAAGAAAGAAAAAUCCUUAUUUGGCUUGUUGAUAAACAAGGAGAAAGAACUAUAGACAUUCAAAAGUGAAAUGGCACAGCAAGGAAAUCUCAUGGAAUCAGCAAAAUACUCUUGUUCGAUCUGUUGGGAUCUACUGAAGGACCCAGUGACUGUGCCCUGUGGACACAGUUACUGUAUGAACUGCAUUAAAGACCACUGGGAUGGAGAAGAUGAGAGGAGAAACCACAGCUGCCCUCAGUGUAGAGAGACUUUCAUACCAAGGCCAAUCUUAAAGAAAAACUUCAUGUUAGCAGAGUUGGUGGAGGAUAUGAAGAAGGCUGGACUUCAAGCUGCUCCAGCUGCUCACUGCUAUGCUGGACCUGAAGAUGUGGCCUGUGAUGUCUGUACUGGGAGGAAAAUUAAAGCUGUCAAAUCCUGUCUGGUAUGUUUGGUGUCUUAUUGUCAGAGUCAUGUCCAACCUCACUAUGAGGUACCUACACUACAGAAACACAAACUGGGGGAUCCCUCCAAGAAACUUCAGGACAACAUCUGCCCACAUCACGAGGAGGUAAUGAGGAUCUUCUGCCGCACAGAUCAGCAGUGUAUCUGUUAUCUCUGCUUAAUGGAUGAACAUAAAGACCAUGAAACAGUCCCAGCUGCAGCAGAAAGAGCUGAGAAGCAGAAGAAGCUCCAGGAGAGUCGACAACAAAUCCAGCAGAGAAUCCAGGACCAAGAGAAAGAUGUGAAGCUGCUUCAACAGGAGGUGGAGGCCAUCAAUGUCUCUGCUGAUAAAGCAGUGGAGGACAGUGAGAAGAUCUUCACUGAGCUGAUCCAUCUCCUCCAGGAAAGAAGCUCUGAUGUGAAGCAGCAGAUCAGAUCCCAGCAGGAAACUGAAGUGAGUCGAGUCAAAGAUGUUCAGGAGAAGCUGGAGCAGGAGAUCACUGAGCUGAAGAGGAAAGACGCUGAGCUGGAGCAGCUCUCACACACAGAGGAUCACAACCAGUUUCUCCUCAACUACCCCUCACUGCCAGCACUCAGUGAGUCUACACACUCAUCCAGCAUCAACAUCCGUCCUCUGAGGCACUUUGAGGACGUGGCAGCAGCUGUGUCAGAGAUUACAUAUUUACUGGAGGACAUUCUGAAAGACACAUGGACAAACAUCUCACUGACGAUCACUGAAGUGGAUGUUUUGCUCUCAGAACCAGAACCAAAGACCAAAGCUGGAUUCUUAAAAUAUUCACAAGAAAUUACUCUGGAUCCAAACACAGCAAACAGAUUUCUGUUAUUAUCUGAGGCGAACAAAAAAGUCACAGCAAUGAAAGAAGAACAGUCUUAUCCUGAUCAUCCAGGCAGAUUCACAGAUUCAUUUCAGGUUCUGAGCAAAGAGAGUCUGACUGGACGUUGUUACUGGGAGGUGGAGUGGAGAGAAGGAGGAGUUAAUGUAGCAGUUUCAUACAAGAACAUCAGCAGAGGAGGUUCAAAUGAAUGUUUAUUUGGAGUCAAUGACAAAUCUUGGUCAUUUAGUUGUGACACAGACAGUUACACAUUUUUGCACAACAAAGUUCAAACUCCAGUAUCAGGUCCAGUUUCCUCCAGAAUAGGAGUGUACCUGGAUCACAGAGCAGGUAUUCUGUCUUUCUACAGCGUCUCUGAAACCAUGACUCUCCUCCACAGAGUCCAGACCAGAUUCACUCAGCCUCUGUAUGCUGGAGUUGGGCCUUUCUUUAAUGGGGAUUCAACCGAGUUUGUCAAACUCAAAUAGUGACACUGAGACAUCAGUCACUAUUUCGUUGGAUAAGGAUCAACUUGAUUGUAGAAAUUAAUGAAAAAAAUCUGAAUUGGACUUUAGAGGUUUUAAAUUCAGCUGUAUAUGCGUAUGCACAGUGAUAAAAGUGGCAGGUUUGUUUUCGUGACCUUGAGUUUUGAAAGGCGCCCUCAAAUAAAAUGUAUUAUUUUCUGCCUGCCUUUCUAAAGUUUGAUUUUGAAUCAGUAGAUAUGAUAGGAAUUAAUUCUCAUAAAUUGUCAGGAAAAACUCAAGCUCAUAAAGUAACAAAACAAAAGCAAUAUAUUUGUCCAUGUGUUUAGGUGUGGAAACAUUACUGUACUUAACAAAACUGAUACCUUCAAUAUAUGCUGGUUCAAUAUUUUCACAGAAUCAUGACUAUUAUGUUUUUCUAUUAUUUUGUUCUGUUCAUUGGUGAUCAUUUCAUGUCUCUUGUAAUUACAGCUACUGACUGCUGCAAAUGAUCAAACACAUUUACCAUUCUAUAAGACUUUGAAUCAUUGUUUUAAUGAAUCCAUGUGUUCAUGAAUACAUGCAGAGAACCAUUAAGAAUAUUCUGAGUAUUUAUAAAAUAUGAUCAUUCUGAUUUCAAAAACUGAUGGUAAGCUAAUAAAGAUG